CGGCGACGGCGGUAACGGGCCUAAGCGCGUCCGCGUCGAAGAAGAAAAAGAAAACCAGCAACAUGUUGGGCCGGAAGCAGAGCAUCAAAGGCGAACCGGUCCUGGCGGACUACGGUCCGGAAGAGUCGCUCAACGAAAGUGCCGACAUCGAAUGGGUCAAUAAGCUAUGGGUCCGCCGGUUGAUGCGACUGUGUGCCUUGAUAUCGCUGACGUCCGUGUCGCUCAACACGCCGAAAACCUUCGAGCGCCAUCCCUUCCUGCAGUACUGUACCUUCUGCUGUGAUACGGUCGCCACGCUGCUGUUCACGUCCGAAAUGAUAGCGAAGAUACACAUCCGGGGAGCACUGCGGGGUGAAGCACCAUACUUUAAGGACCACUGGUGCCAGUUCGACGCAUCGAUGGUGGUGUUCCUGUGGCUUUCCGUCAGUCUGCAGGUGUUCGAGAUGCUUGGGAUUGUGCCGAAGUUUUCCUACCUCAGCACGGUCCGGGCACCGCGGCCCCUCAUUAUGAUACGCUUCCUGCGCGUCUUCCUGAAGUUCUCCAUGCCGAAGAGCCGCAUCAACCAAAUAUUCAAACGCUCCAGCCAGCAGAUCUACAACGUGACGCUGUUCUUUCUGUUCUUCAUGUCGCUGUACGGGUUGCUUGGGGUGCAGUUUUUCGGCGAGCUGAAAAACCACUGCGUGCUGAAUACGACCGAACCGGAAAGCCUAACGAUCAACUCGCUCGCCAUCCCGGAUACGUUCUGCUCGCUCGAUCCGAACUCCGGCUACCAGUGCCCGACCGGGAUGAAGUGCAUGAAGAUGGACUUUCUCACGAACUACGCGAUGGGCUUUACCGGGUUCGAGGACAUUGCGACCAGCAUCUUCACCGUGUACCAGGCGGCCUCGCAGGAGGGCUGGGUGUUUAUCAUGUACCGUGCGAUCGACUCCCUGCCGGCGUGGCGCGCCGCGUUCUACUUCAGCACGAUGAUCUUCUUUCUCGCGUGGCUGGUGAAGAACGUUUUCAUCGCGGUCAUUACGGAAACGUUCAACGAGAUCCGGGUGCAGUUUCAGCAGAUGUGGGGCGUACGGGGUCAUAUACAGAACAGUACCGCGUCGCAGAUAAUUACCGGCGAUGACAGUGGCUGGAAGUUGGUCACGAUCGACGAUAACAAGCACGGAGGCAUUGCGCCGGAAACGUGCCACACGAUCCUGCGCUCACCGUACUUUCGCAUGCUGGUGAUGACGGUGGUGCUGGCGAAUGGGAUCGUAACGGCGACGAUGCACUUCAAACACGACGGCCGUCAGAGGCAUGUGUUUUACGAGAAGUACUACUACAUCGAGAUUACGUUCACGUUCUUCCUGGAUCUCGAAACGCUCUUCAAGAUCUACUGUCUCGGGUGGCGCAGCUACUUCAAGCAUUCGAUACACAAGUUCGAGCUGCUGCUCGCUAUCGGCACGACGCUCCACAUCAUACCGGCGCUGUAUCUGAGCGGGUUCACCUACUUCCAGGUGCUGCGCGUCGUACGGCUGAUCAAGGCAUCGCCCAUGCUCGAGGGUUUCGUGUACAAAAUCUUCGGCCCGGGCAAGAAGCUGGGCUCGCUGAUCAUCUUCACCAUGUGCCUGCUGAUCAUCAGCUCCAGCAUCUCGAUGCAGCUGUUCUGCUUUCUGUGCGACUACACCAAGUUCGAAAGCUUCCCGGACGCGUUCAUGUCCAUGUUUCAGAUUCUCACCCAGGAAGCGUGGGUCGAGGUGAUGGACGAAACGAUGAUACGGACGAGCAAAACGCUAACGCCGCUGGUCGCGGUGUACUUCAUUCUUUACCAUCUUUUCGUGACGCUGAUUGUGCUGAGCUUGUUCGUGGCUGUCAUUCUGGACAAUCUCGAGCUGGACGAAGACAUCAAGAAGCUGAAGCAGCUGAAGUUCCGCGAGCAGAGUGCCGAAAUCAAGGAAACGCUACCGUUCCGGUUGCGGAUCUUCGAGAAGUUUCCCGACUCACCGCAGAUGGCGAUACUGCACAAGAUCCCGAACGAUUUCACCCUGCCGAAGGUGCGCGAAUCGUUCAUGAAGCAGUUCGUGCUGGAGAUGGAACCGGAGGACCUGGAGGGCUAUCAGCGCCCGAUGCCGGAAUGUUGGGAUUCGCGCAUCGCCUACAAAAAGCACCGCCCGAUCAACGUGAUGAACAAAACGGCCAAAGUGUGCAUGGUCGGUAGCGAUCUGCGCAAGCUCGCCAUCACGCACAUCAUCAACGAUUCCAACAACCAGCGGCUAAUGUUGGGCGAUUCGUCGAUGCUGCCGGUCGCCGGUACCAAGGCAGGGCUGAAACCGCAGGGUACGAUCACGCAGACGAAACCGUGGCGUGUCGAUCAGAAGAAGUUUGGAUCGCGGUCGAUCCGGCGCUCGGUACGCAGCGGUUCGAUCAAGCUGAAGCAAACGUACGAGCAUCUGAUGGAGAAUGGGGACAUCGGGGCGGCUAGCCGGGUCACCUCGUCCCGGGCGCGCCCGCACGAUCUGGACAUUAAGAUACUGCAGGCGAAACGGCAGCAGGCGGAGAUGCGGCGCAAUCAGCGCGAGGAAGAUCUGCGCGAAAAUCAUCCGUUCUUCGAUACGCCCCUGUUUGCGGUGCCGCGCGAAAGCCGUUUCCGAAAGAUUUGCCAGCGUAUAGUGCACGGGCGGUACGAUGCACGGCUGAAGGACCCGCUCACCGGCAAGGAGCGGAAGGUGCAGUACAAAAGUCUGCACAACUUUCUCGGGCUGGUGACGUACCUCGAUUGGGUGAUGAUCUUCGUAACGACACUGUCCUGCAUCUCGAUGAUGUUCGAAACGCCCCAGUACCGGGUGAUGGAGCACGUCGCCCUGCAGGUCGCCGAGUAUACGUUCGUCAUCUUCAUGAGCCUCGAGCUGGCGCUGAAAAUACUGGCCGACGGGCUGUUCUUCACACCGAAGGCGUACAUCAAGGACGUCGCCUCGGUGCUGGACGUGUUCAUCUACGUCGUGUCCACCACCUUCCUGAUCUGGAUGCCGCGACAGGUGCCCAGCAACUCCUCCGCCCAGCUGCUCAUGAUACUGCGCUGUUUGCGCCCGCUGCGCAUUUUCACGCUCGUGCCGCACAUGCGCAAGGUGGUGUACGAGCUGUGCCGCGGGUUUAAGGAGAUACUGCUCGUAUCGACGCUGCUCAUCCUGCUGAUGUUCAUCUUCGCCAGCUACGGCGUACAGCUGUACGGUGGCCGGUUGGCCCGGUGCAACGAUCCAACGAUCCAAAAGCGCGAGGACUGUGUCGGUGUGUUUAUGCGGCGCGUGUUCGUGACGAAGAUGAAGCUAACGCCGGGCGUGAAUGAGUCGUACCCGUCGAUGCUGGUGCCGCGCGUUUGGGCCAACCCGAGGCGCUUCAACUUUGACAACAUCGGUGACGCGAUGUUGGCGCUGUUUGAGGUGCUCUCGUACAAAGGGUGGAUCGAUGUGCGCGAUGUGCUGAUCAAAGCGCUGGGGCCGGUGCACGCGAUCUACAUCCACGUGUACAUCUUUCUCGGUUGCAUGAUCGGGCUGACGCUGUUCGUCGGUGUGGUGAUUGCGAACUACUCGGAGAACAAGGGUACCGCACUGCUGACCGUCGAUCAGCGCCGUUGGUGUGAUUUGAAGAAGCGGCUAAAGAUCGCCCAACCGCUCCAUCUGCCGCCGCGCCCCGACGGCCGGAAGUUUCGCGCCUUUGUCUAUGACAUUACGCAGCACAUUGCGUUCAAGCGUUGCAUUGCCGUGGUGGUGCUGGUGAACAGUAUGCUGCUGUCGAUCACGUGGACUAAGGAUGAGGUGCACACCGAGCGGCUGGUGAUCGUCAGUACCAUCCUCACGUUCGUGUUCGUCAUCGAGGUCGUCAUGAAGAAUAUCGCGUUCACGCCGCGCGGCUACUGGCAGUCGAGACGGAACCGGUACGACUUGCUGGUGACCGUGGCCGGUGUCGUCUGGAUAUUCCUUCAAACCACACUGAGAAGCGAUUUAUCAUAUUUCAUUGGUUUUAUGGUUGUCAUAUUGCGAUUUUUCACAAUAACUGGCAAGCAUACGACCUUGAAAAUGUUAAUGCUUACCGUCGGUGUGUCGGUGUGCAAAUCGUUCUUCAUCAUCUUCGGCAUGUUUUUGCUGGUGUUCUUCUACGCGCUCGCCGGUACGAUACUGUUCGGCACGGUCAAGUACGGCGAGGGUAUCGGUCGACGGGCCAAUUUCGGGUCGCCGGUGACCGGUGUCGCAAUGCUGUUCCGCAUCGUCACCGGUGAGGAUUGGAACAAGAUCAUGCAUGACUGUAUGGUGCAGCCACCGUACUGUACACUGGCGGCCAACUACUGGGAAACGGAUUGCGGUAACUUCACCGCCAGCCUGAUCUACUUCUGCACCUUCUACGUCAUCAUUACGUAUAUCGUGCUGAACCUGCUUGUCGCUAUUAUCAUGGAGAACUUUUCGCUGUUCUACUCGAACGAGGAGGACGCCCUGCUGUCCUAUGCCGAUAUACGGAACUUCCAGAACACGUGGAACAUCGUCGACAUACACCAGCGGGGUGUGAUACCGGUGCGGCGUGUGAAGUUUAUACUGCGCCUGCUGAAGGGACGGUUGGAGUGUGAUCCACAGAAGGACCGGCUGCUGUUCAAGUACAUGUGCUACGAGCUGGACAAACUGCACAACGGAGAGGACGUUACGUUCCACGACGUGAUCAACAUGCUUUCGUAUCGCUCGGUCGAUAUAAGGAAAGCUUUACAGCUGGAGGAACUGUUGGCUAGGGAGGAGUUUGAGUACAUCAUCGAGGAGGAAGUUGCCAAGCAGACGAUUCGUACCUGGUUGGAAGGGUGCUUGAAAAAGAUUCGCGCCAACAAUGUAGCGAAGCAACAAAACUCUCUCAUCGCUGGACUGCGUGCAACGAAUGAUCAGAAACAGCAGCAGCAGCAACAACAGCAACAACAGCAGCAGCAACAGCAGCAGCAGCAACAACAACAACAGCAGUCAACUGGACCGAGCGUUAGUGCCCAGCAAGCUCAACAACAACCCCUAUCAUCCCAACAGCAGCAACAACAACCUGCCCAACAGCAACAAUCCACCCAAACACAAUCCCAAGUGACCUCACCGCUGCAAUCCUCCACCACCUCCCAGGCCGCAUCAUCCGUUACCAGCCCCGGGCAACUGUCGAAGCAAACGGAGGAAUCUCCCACCGGCAAGGAUGGUACCGGGCUUGAACUGCCCGAUACCAUCACCACCACCGACCAGACCGCCAAGGACAUUGAAAAUAAUGCGAAAAAUCGCAAAAAAACGGCUACCACCGUACUGAACCGGUCCGAUUCGACCGGGUCGAGCAGUGGGCGCAAAUUUCUCGCUCCCACCCUUUCCGAUCCGCAGGCCAAAAAUGAGAAGGAUCGCUACAUGAGCAAGAAAAAGCAACAGCGCGGCGCACCACCGUCGAUCAGCGUCGGUAAAGCGUCCCAUUUGGGUGAGAUCGGUGCGCACAGUUUGCAUCUGCACUAUCACCAUAGCUUUAGCCACGGGUACGGUGGGGCUGAUCAUUCGCCCCAUUCGCAACCACUGCACCACCACCACCAUCAGCAGCAGCAGCAACAGCAGGCACAGCAAGCCAAUAUGAGCAAAUUUGGCCACGCGCAUACCAACAUGAUCUACGAGGUGCACGACUGGUGGCAGGAACAGGUGCUUAGCACGCACAGCGACGAGGAGGACAAUUAG